AUGUCUCUCCACUCCUACAUCAAUAAGAAAGUCCUGAUCCUGACCGUGGACGGGCGGACCCUCCUCGGGACCCUCCUUUCCACCGAUCAGCUAACGAAUUUGGUUCUCAUGGAUACCAUCGAGCGGAUCAUUCGGACCCCCGACGACCCGGAGCCGAGCUCCCAGAUCGAUCACGGCCUGUACCUGAUCCGAGGCGAUAACGUGGUUCUAUGCGGUGAGGUUGACGAGGGCAUUGACAACGACAUCGACUGGGCCAAGGUCAAGGGCGAGGUGGUCCGAAGUACCAAGAAUGCAUGA